AUGGAGGAUAAGAAAUCCAAACGUUCGAAGAAGAAUGAGUCCGGUUCUUCUGAAAAUGUUGUUAUUGAAACCAAAACAAACAAAUCUCCGAAGAAGAAGACUAAUGAAGUUCAGGUGAUAGUGGUAACAAAAGUUUCCAUUGAAGAAAGUAUUCCGAUUGAGCAUGUUAUUGACAAAACUCCGGAGAAAGUGGUUAUUCCUUCGAAGACUGUUGUGUUUCGCAGAAUAAAGAUGAAGUCUAAGCAUAAACGAAGGACUCCAACUCUUAAUGUGAUUUCUGAAUGGGAGAAGAAGAAUACAUGCAAGCUCAUUAUAACAAUCGAAUCUAUAGAAGAUGAAGAUGAACGAAUUCCUGAAACAUCCGAAGCCAAUCUUCACAAGGAAAGUUUAAUUCCAGAGUAA